AUGUAUUUGGAGAACAAAAACAUGGAGAUGGAGAUGUCUCAGACGUCAGCCCAAUGCCAUCGCAAGAACAGCCUGAGGUCACCAGAGGCCGUCACUGGGAACUUUGGGGAGCUGCGUCUGCUGCAGGGCAUUUCAGACAGGAGAGACACCCAGAAGCUGCUGCAGCAAUCUGCAGUUCUGCCCUCAGGACAGUGUGUCAUCCAUACUGAGGGCUUUGUCCCUGUUCGACAAGAGGAUGGGCACAGUUUCAGUCUGGUUAAUAUUCUCAGAGGAAAAAGUAAUUCAGCCAACAUGACAGAGAGGUCGCCUCUGCUGAGAUUCUCUCAAGAUGACAGUAUGACCUACAUGACCCUACAUGACCCCAGCUUUGUUGGAGAGGAAGAGCCCUGGGACAACGGCUCCCUGGACCUGGAGAGGAGGUAUAGGCUGGGCAGUGAGGUCACCAGCCUGUCCCUGUCCCGCUCCAGCUCCACGGAGAAGAGUGACCCUCUGGAAAACCUCAACCUCAGCUUCAGAUUCACCAGUAAUAUGAAAUGCUGCUUCAAAGUCUCCAAAGUUACCAUAAUGUUUACUAUCGUGGUUCUCUGCAGUCUGUUCUUCAGCAUGUAUCCAGACCGAGACAACCCCCGGAGGCUCCUGGCAGUGUCUUCAACAGAUAGUUUCUCAAUGAACCUGACGGAUUUUCGCGACAACGCUUUGCUGAAGCUCCAGGUGGGAGGGUCUUUCACAGGGGGGAUGAUCGACCUCACCAACCAGGAGUAUAUCCUGAUCCAGGUGGAGCAGACGGAGCAGGAGGGACAACGGAGGAGGAGGACCCAGCAGGUGAUUCAUAAUUGGACCAUCCCUCUGCACAGUGAACGAAGUGACCAGAUACUGUUAACAAAAACAUUUGAGAUGGUCAGCAGUGACCCCAUCUUCAUCACGGUUCAAGCCUUCCUGCAGGAUGAUGAGGUGGUGCCGUUAUCCAUGACCCACCAGUCGCUCUACGUCAAUGUGGAGACACAGGUGGCCAUUGCUGGAAUCAUCCUGACUGGGGUCUACGUUCUCAUCAUCUUUGAGAUUGUGCAUCGUACUCUGGCUGCCAUGCUGGGAUCAUUGGCAGCCUUAGCUGCUCUGGCUGUCAUUGGUGAUCGGCCCAGUCUGGUUACUGUGGUGGAGUGGAUCGACUAUGAGACACUGGCUCUUCUGUUUGGCAUGAUGGUACUGGUGGCCAUUUUUUCAGAGACUGGCUUCUUUGAUUAUUGCGCUGUGAAGGCUUACCAAUUAUCCAGAGGAAGAGUGUGGCCAAUGAUCAUGAUCCUCUGUCUCAUCGCUGCCAUUCUCUCUGCAUUUCUGGACAACGUGACCACUAUGAUGCUUUUCACCCCAGUCACCAUCAGGUUGUGUGAGGUGCUUAAUCUAGACCCCAGACAUGUCCUGAUUGCAGAAGUAAUCUUCACCAACAUUGGAGGGGCUGCCACAGCUGUCGGAGAUCCACCCAAUGUGAUUAUAGUAUCAAAUCAGGACCUGCGCAAAGAAGGGAUUGAUUUUGCCAGUUUCACAGGCUACAUGUUCCUUGGAAUAUGCCUUGUCCUCCUCACCUCGUUUCCUUUCCUGCGGCUGCUCUACUGGAACAAAAAACUCUACAACAAAGAGUCCAUUGAAAUAGUUGAACUCAAGCAUGAGAUCCUGGUCUGGAGGCAGACGGCUCAGCGCAUUAACCCUGCCAGCCGAGAGGAGACAGCUGUGAAAUGCCUCCUGAUGCAAAAGGUCCUCAACCUGGACAGUCUGCUCCGCAAGAUGAUGAAAACCUUCCAAAGCCAAAUUUCCCAAGAGGACAAGAACUGGGAGCAAAACAUUCAAGAAUUGCAAAAGAAGCACAGAAUAACCGACAAAGUUCUCUUGGUGAAGUGUGUGUGCGUCCUUGGUGUGGUGAUCUUCAUGUUCUUUCUCAACUCCUUCGUUCCCAGCAUUCAUCUUGAGCUCGGUUGGAUUGCUAUCCUGGGUGCACUGUGGCUUUUGGUUCUGGCCGACAUCCAGGAUUUCGAGAUUAUUUUGCACCGGGUGGAGUGGGCCACACUACUGUUCUUUGCCGCCCUCUUCGUUUUGAUGGAGGCUUUAGCCCAGCUGCAGCUUAUCGACUAUAUUGGAGAACAGACAGCACUGCUUAUAAAAGCGGUGCCAGAAGACCAGCGCUUGGCUAUAGCAAUUAUCUUGGUGAUGUGGGUCUCGGCUCUAGCUUCUUCUCUCAUUGACAACAUUCCCUUCACUGCCACCAUGAUUCCAGUUCUCAUCAACUUAAGUCAGGAUGCAGAUGUGAACCUGCCAAUUAAACCUCUCAUCUUUGCCUUGGCCAUGGGAGCCUGUCUUGGAGGAAAUGGCACAUUGAUAGGAGCAUCAGCCAACGUUGUGUGUGCAGGAAUUGCUGAACAACACGGCUAUGGCUUUUCCUUCAUUGAGUUCUUCAGGUUAGGAUUCCCCAUGAUGAUAAUGACGUGUAUGAUCGGCAUGUGCUACCUGUUAGCCACCCACAUCGGACUUGGAUGGAACAUGUGAUCCACAACUGCUAUACAGUGCCAAAGAGACUGUGUGUGUGUGUGUGUGUGUGUGUGUGUGUGUGUGUGUGUUACCACUCCAUCAAGCAUUUAGCUUACUGUAAAUGUGAUAAGUAAACUGACUGACUAAUCAGAUUAAAGGCACUAUAUGAAGCACAGCAGCCAUAAGUAUAUUGAAAAUGUCUUUGACUGAAGUGCCAAACAGCAGGGACAAGAAUUACAGGAGCUUUGAACUAA